AUGAUAACUGUGAUCAUUCGACAAAUGCACCAACGAACUUCUAUACAUUCUGAAAUCGGUAAGGCUAUACUCAGAGACUGGUCGACGGCCAUCCGGAACUUUAUUUUUGUGUUUCCCCCAGAAUAUCGUUAUGCACUUGAGGCCGAAAAACACACACAACCCAAUGGUACUGGCACGUGUAACAGUUCGAUGCUGAAGCCAGAGAAGACUAACAAACGAAUGCAAUCGGUACCGGACAUCGAAGACAUGGCUGACGGGGACAGCGAGGACCACACCACUUCAAAGCUUCCGCUGGACAAGCUGCGUGGGUUUGUCAGAUACGCUCGAAGCACGGUGUUAUAUCGGCCGAUAGACGAGCGAAUGAACGAUUGGGAAGAGUUGUUCGCCCAUAGGGAGAUUCGCAGUGGUCUGAAACGACAAGCGGCGCGGUGCAUGGAUUGUGGUGUCCCAUUCUGCCAAUCACACACCGGUUGCCCAUUGGGGAAUUUCAUACCAAACUGGAUCGAUCUGGUUUUCAAGGACGAUUGGUAUGCAGCCUACCAGGCCUUACUGCAAACCAACAACUUCCCGGAAUUCACCGGUCGUGUAUGUCCGGCACCCUGUGAAGGAGCUUGCGUAUUGGGCAUCAACUCCGAUCCGGUCACCAUCCAAAACGUCGAAUGUGCCAUCGCUGACAAAGCCUGGGAGCAAGGUUGGUUCCGUCCAACCAAGACAUUUCACCGACCAACAACCGGACGUCGGAUUGUGGUGGUUGGCAGUGGACCUGCCGGUCUGGCUUGCGCGGACCAAUUGAACCUGGCUGGACACAAUGUUGUUGUGGUAGAGCGCCGAAACAAACCUGGGGGUCAUUUGCGUUAUGGGAUACCGACCAUGAAGCUCAACCGCGCAGUGCUGGAUCGACGGAUCGAUUUGAUGAAAUCCAAUGGGGUACUCUUUGUAGUUAACACCCGCGUCGGUCCCGCUGACAACAACGACUUCAGUCGACCAGAAAUCAAUGCGAGCUGUGCAGAACUCGUCGAAGAAUGGCCUGCACAUCGACUGCUUCAGGAUUUCGACGCUGUGGUCUUGUGUCUUGGAGCAACUUGGCCACGUGAUCUUCCCAUCCCGGGUGAGUUGCUUUGGGAGUUUUUCGCAUUUACUGAAAUCUAUGUCUCAAAUCAGUGCUCGUAA